AAGCCACAGGCUGCCCUGCACACGGAUAGGAGCCCCUUCCUACAGCCCGAGAACCGCUCCUCGUCCGCGUAGAGGUGACACCAAAGGAUUAAUGAGCCAAGAGGGCAGCAAACUUCUCUUUUAAGGCUCAUUUCGACAUUGAUCCUUUUUUGUUUUGUUUGUUUUUUUCGGCGUAACGCCUGGACUGCUUUACACCUUCGUUUUUUCGUAUUCGUCCGAGGAUACCUGUACCUCUACUGAUGGAACAGGGUCACUCCAACGUUCUCCUGCAGCCUCCCAGCACCACCUAACAUUUCCUGGAAGAACGUGUCCAUUGCCUUCUCCCAACAAACAUGGACUGUUUUCCCAUGCUUUAUUUUCUGUCGAGACAUCAUGAUUCCUGGUAAUCGAAUGCUGAUGGUCAUUUUAAUAUGCCAAGUCCUGCUGGGAGAGCGUAACCAUGCUAGUCUGAUACCUGAAGAAGGGAAAAAGAAAGUACCUGGCCUGCAGGGUCGUUCGGCCGCUCAGAGCCAUGAACUGUUGCGGGACUUUGAGGCAACGCUCCUGCACAUGUUUGGCCUCAAGAGGCGGCCGCGGCCCAGUCGCUCAGCCACUGUGCCGCGCUACCUGCUGGACCUCUAUCGACUCCAGUCGGGGGAAGCCGAAGAACUUGGACAUGAUAUUGCUUUUGAGUACCCGGAGAGGUCGGCGAGCCGGGCCAACACAGUGAGAGGCUUUCACCAUGAAGAGCACAUGGAGGGGAUGCCUGAGCUGGAUGAUGGAGAAUCCAUGCCUUUUCGCUUCCUGUUCAACCUCAGCAGCAUUCCAGAGGAUGAGCUGCUGUCCUCUGCAGAACUAAGGCUCUACCGUCAUCAGAUUGAUGAGGCCAUCGGCGAGGCUCUCUCCGAGGAGCAGGGGCUUCACCGGAUAAACGUAUACGAGGUGCUGAAACCGCCGCGGCCUGGGCAGCUUAUCACACAGCUUCUGGACACCCGGCUGGUGCACCACAACAUGUCGCGCUGGGAGAGCUUCGACGUCAGCCCCGCUGUGCUGCGAUGGACUCAUGAGCGCCUCCCUAAUUACGGACUGGCCGUGGAGGUUCUGCACCUCAACCAGACUCCACGCCACCAGGGCCGACAUGUCCGCGUAAGCCGUUCGCUGCACCAAGAGCCCGGGGAGGACUGGGAGCAGCUGCGCCCUCUCUUGGUUACUUUCGGCCACGACGGGAAGGGUCACCCGCUGACCCGUCGGACCAAGCGCAGCCCCAAGCAGCGGGGCCGCAAACGUAACCGCAACUGCCGGCGCCACGCGCUGUACGUGGACUUCAGCGAUGUGGGUUGGAAUGACUGGAUAGUGGCACCUCCUGGUUACCAGGCCUACUACUGCCACGGAGAAUGCCCCUUUCCUCUGGCAGAUCAUCUGAACUCAACCAACCACGCCAUUGUUCAGACACUGGUGAACUCUGUGAACAACAACAUUCCCAAGGCCUGCUGCGUCCCAACAGAGCUCAGCGCCAUCUCCAUGCUCUACCUAGACGAACACGACAAGGUGGUCCUAAAGAACUACCAGGAAAUGGUGGUGGAGGGCUGCGGCUGCCGCUAACACACACAAACUUUCGAAAUCUUGGACUUGAACUGGCAACUUGACAUAAGCAACAUGGACAAAUCAGAAAGUCUUCAGUCCAAAAAAAUCUUCACCUGGACCCUUAUUUAUAACUUUUACGAUGUUGGUGUAUUUUUGUCUCACUUUUUUUUUGGUUUCUUUGACAAUAUGAUCAUUUAUUUUGACAAAAUAUAUAUAUUUAUAUCUACAUAUAAAAAAUGAAUUGAGUCAUUAUUUUAAACAUAAAAGCUGUACAACUUUUCAUAAUGUACAUUAGAUUGUAUAAGUUUUUUUUAUUGAGAAAAUAGUAAAAACACUCUAAAAAGUAAAGUUUAUUUACUGGUAAUAUUUAUUGCUUUCACAUUAUAUACAGGAAAAUAAAACACAGAUGACUUCUUAUGAAAGAUUCGGUCAUAUCACAAGAUGUACCCUUUGCGUGUUUGCAGGAAUUGGAGUGCUGCUUGAUUUUUUUUUUCUCACCGCACUGUUUCUUAAGAAUCCAGUUGACAUGAGAAAUGUACAUUAGUUUCAUUUAACUAGUUUACAACUAAAUCAGUCUGACUAUCUUCAAUAGCGUCCUUAAAACCAAAUCAAUUUUACCUCAUUGUAAAAUACAUGUAAUAAUUUUUUUACAGUAAUUAUUCAUAGAAAUAAAAAGU